UAGCCCCCCCCCCCCCCCUCCCCCUCUUCCAAACUCCCACUAGUGGUACCGGUAUUCUGCUUCUGUCCCAAGCUUGUGACAAUUUGGGAGGAUGCAGUCCGAGUAGCGGCACCAGCACCGUCGGAGACCGUGCAUGCAUGCCAUCCCAAGUAAUGGUUUCAGCUGUAGCUGCCUGUGAUCCAGAUUGUGUGUGUGCACUUUGCUGCUUCGCUGCUCUUGCUGCCCUGCAUCUGUAACUUGGCGCAAGGAGCAGGUCUAGAUAUCAUUUUUUGCCCCGUCUCACACAGAUACGCACUCCUGUCGCAAAUCAAGAAAAAGACCGCAGUUCAUGCAGGUCCGUGAUGGAAGGAAGAAGCGAGUGGGCGGAGAGAAUCUGAAUUUUCCAUUUGGAUUUGAUUUGAUUGAGCAUUCAUAUCCCUCAAUUCAACCUGGUACAGCAGCAUGGACAAGAUCCCACAUGGCUUUCGUCCAUGCUUGUCAUGCACUAGAUCUUGUUACCAGGAGCAUUGGCCUUUACAAAGCAGAGACACAUUUCGGUCUCCAUGUUUCAUGAGGGCCUUGUGCGAUAGCAACCUUGCUGCCAUGGCUACAUGUUGGAUGGUAAUUCCGUCAGCUUGGCUCAAACUACAUGGCGAUGAAGUAGGUAACUCGGCUGUAUUGCAUGGGCCAAGUGGCAACACCUGGCAGGUUGGUGUUGGUCGGCCAAAAUGGGUAGCAUUUAGAGUCGGAUGGCGAACAUUCGCUGCAGAUAAUGGUUUAGAAAAAGGCGACAUACUCGUAUUUACUUUAAUAGGCAAGUCCGAGUUUGCGGUGAGAAUAUUUGACAAUAAAACAGGCCUUGAGAAAGAAAGUGCUCUGACAGCAACUAAUACGGGCUGCUAUGAUAGCAAAUCACCCAGUUCGUUGGGAGUCAAAAGGAAACAAAGAGAUGAUGACGAAAAUGCAGCUGAACUGAAAAGGAUUUGUGCUCACAACAACGGGGUCCAGCUUGUUCACAAUGAUCAGUCAAUCGAUUCCACCCAUACCGAAAAAGUCUUGCAACAAAGACGGGCAAAAUCAUCGACCUUCAGUUCAGCUGCUGCUCUAAUUUCGUACGGAGAAUGUGCUUUGCUUGAUUUAAACUCUCAACCGCUGUACUUACACCAGAACCCAACUAGUGGUAAUGGAAAUUUUUUCCCAGAGAUUGACCAUCAACUCCUGGAUGCUGUUGUUGCUCGCACGUUUCAAGGAUAUGCCUCCGGUAUUGUAUACCAACCUCAUCCAAUCAGUAUACGCUCUCAAGAUGUUGGCGAAGAAUGCCAUGUCCAAGGACAAUCUAAAGCUCAGGUGUGUGGAUCAGGAGGAUUGGGACCGGCAACACGGUUCGCUUCUCAAAGAAGACCAGUAAUGGAUGCCAGAGAGAGAUCCACAGAAUUUCCUCACCGACAAAACAAUAGCCCAACUGUUAUUCCCUCCCAUCAUCGUAGCCAGAUACUGGAUUUGAACAAGGAGCAUUUCUCAGAUGAUGUCGUUCCUCACAUGCUGUCGCCGGAUGUAAUAUUAGAAAGGGAGAAGGCCCUUGAACUUGCGCGUCGAGCUCAGGAGAGCAUUGAUAGACCCUCUCAUUUAGUGGUUCUGAGAGCAUUCCAUGUUCAUGGACGUGCGUUUGUGCGGUUCCCAGUUACUUUUGGCAAGCAACAUAUGCCAAGAAAGACUGUCUCAAUGCACCUGCUAGAUUCACAUGGACAUCGGUGGCCGAUGACUUGGCUUCGUGACAAUGAGACUCACAUGGGGCUCACUCGAGGAUGGAGAGAUUUUUGCCUAGCAGAAGGUCUCUUAGAAGGAGAUGUAUGUAUCUUCGAGCUUAUUGAGUUGAAUAAACUCACGUUGCUAAUUCACGUUUUCCGAUCUUCGGAAACAAGAGAUAGUAACCAUGUUAUCAUUACAAAACCGAAGAGACCUGAAUUAUUGCAAAUGCAGCAUCUAUCUCAUAAGAAGUGUUCCGACCGAAAGAGGAAGGUGGUAGACAAGGGGGAUGGUCGAAGACAAAGGAAGGCGGACUCUUUGGCAGACAAAGACGCACUACCAACUAGCUCAGAAGGACAAUAUCCGUGCACGCCUACGAAGUUGGCCUUGUACAAAGCGUUUCAUAGAACGACGCACACAGAUUCUGUAGGACCCAGUAGAGUAUGCAACAGACGCCAGGAUUCAUUUGCAGCAGGAUCUGUGGGAAGGGAGCGAUUGAAAAAACUGUCAUUGUGGGCUUCAAAAGUGCAAGGCGGCAUGUACUCAAGUUCAAAAAAAAUUAGCUGUGAAUCUGAAAGUGUUGCAGGCACAAGCUUAGAAAGGUGCUGCAAGGACGAUGAAGAGUUGACAGAUAGCGUUAUGAGUAAGACCCAAGAUGCUACCUUCAGUGAGAUUCUAUGUCAGAUGUCCUCGGGUUGUGUCGGUGCGAAUAACUCUAGGAACUGUCGAAACUCGCCUGGAUGGGUACGCACCAGCACAUUGAGCACUGGGCUGAUCGAAAAAGACGAAAAAUCAUCUGCUGUUGAAAGUCGCGGGUUUGAAUGUCAGCAUUUUCAUGAGCAGGACUGCACUAGAAAACGUCACCACAUAAACGCUGCACGGAGACAUGAAAUUAGAGGAGGAAGCGGGAAGCUUGUGUCUAACACGUUCAAACAUUGGGCCAAGGCACGUAAACGGUGCGAAACUUAUGGAAAAACAGAGGAAACAAGGACAUGGGGUUGGAAGUGGUAUACACCCGAUUACUCUGUCCUUAGGAGGAGAAUGCAAGUUUUGAAUCGGAACUCUAGGUUCUACAUAGCAUCCAGACGGACUCCUGUGACAGAUGCGCAGAAGGAAGCAGCAAAAGAAGCCGCCCUUGCGAUGAAAACUGAGAAUCCUGCUACUAUGGUUGUUCUGAAGAGCUCAAAUGUAUACAAGACAUACAUUGUGGAGAUUCUGCCAGAGUUUUGCCGGCAAUUGUCACCAAACGAGAGGGUUCACAUCUUCCUCAGAGACGCGGCUGGAAACAAAACUAGAGUUCUUCUGACUCAAGAGGCGCUCACCAAGGGAUGGAGACAAUUUUCCCUCGAACAUCUUCUUGAGGAAGGGGACGUUUGUGUUUUCGAGCUCAUUGAUACUUCACGGCGGACGAUUCUCGUCCAUAUUUUCCGUGUCGUAGAUGUCGACUACAUUAAUGGGAACUACAGAAACCACUACCGCAUCAUUUCAGCAGGAUUCCAGCGCACGCAAAGACCGCUGGUUAAGUGUGGGCUGAAGAUUCAAGCCAAUGGCCAGGUUGUAAACGAAGUUGCAACUAAGUUGUCGUUCCAAGCUCGUCGAAACAGUGUUAACCGGAGCCUGUACCUCGCAAUACUGAAGACGAGAGACAAUCUAAGAAAACCGAGACCUGUUGAAGAUGACAACCCAUAUUAUACCAAGGAGCACAUGGAUCUCAACCUUGACCUUGACACUUCCACAGUCCCUCCACCAGCUUUAAACACUCUUUGGGACUCUCCCAGCUGCACAAUGUCGACGAGUUGUGCCUCCCGUAGCCCUGUUUUGAAACUUUACCCGGAACUGGAUUCUGCACUAAUGAUUACGAAGAACGAUUCCUCGCAGCUAUGCCCAAUGUCUGACAGUCUUUUGAGGCUUCCUGUUGUUACUCCUCCUUCCAGUGGGACUGCCCUGGCCGACAUCUGUGAGAUCAGCUCUUGUAAAAACAGGCAACAACAGACGAUGCUAUACCCCGAGAACGACACCAUGGUGGGGAUGCCUCUUCCUCUUCCUCCUGAUGAGGACGAUUCCGAGCCAGAAGAGGGCAACUACUACCGUGUUGUCCGCAUCCUCAAAAAACGAUACUUCGACAACGAGAAGCAGUAUCUUGCAGAGCUAGAUGGCCCUGUGGUGCAGAGCGAUGGCUGCAGAGGGGUCCGAGAAUACGACGACAUGAAAUGGUGGAUUCCAGAGAAGUCUUUCUCACCAGGUUUCACAAGCUGCUAUUUGCGUUGAGCUGCACAUUCUACACUGCAAUAUAUAUAUAUAUAUAUAUAUAUUUGUGUCUGUCUCUGUGUAUGUGUGAAUAUAUAUAUAUAUAUAUAUAUGCAUAUAUACUGUUCAGACUACUGCACAGCAUAAGAGAGUUGUGAGAGAGUAAGAUCCACGUACAUAACAUGUUCAAUAGAGAGUCACCAAUAACCCACAUCAGAAGCAGGAGCUUUAACAGCCCAUCGGCAUCAGCAGAUACGUUCUCAUGAUACAGAAAAUUGUUCAUUUUGAUCCUAUAAACAAAUGGGUUUCCCUUCAAGAAUGUCUAAAUGACAUCUUUCUUGACAACCAGUGCCCCAUGAGAACCUUUUUAUUUUUAUAGUGAAUAAUACAUCAUGAAUGAGUGUAAGUAGAACAUAUCAAGAGGAGACUUACAAACAAAGAAACGGAAGGAAAAAGAAAAAGAAAUCAAAAACCAAAAAUCAAAUCAAAUGAGAUGUUCAGUUGUGUCAAAUUCUGCUUU